GUCCGCAUUCACUUCUCUCGUGUCUUUUUCUUUCACUUGUCCCAUUCCACGAUGCGCAGAGACUACGAAUAAUCCGACAUGUUGGCAAAUUUGUGGACGCAAAGGCGUCGGCCGCUGCCGCUGAUCGCAGUGACACUGCUUGCGAUCAUAGCAGUCCUAAUGGUCAUGAACCACAACUCGAAUCGAGAGCAUUGGAUCCCGCCGGAGAUCGCCCACAACUCGCGGCAGUACACUGUCGAUAAAGACACUUCCUAUGACUACGCCGACGCUCAGUUCGUAUGCAAAGCAGUGGACUUCAAGCCAUUUGGAAAGCAACGGAAAGUCUACGACUUGAUCAUGUUCUCUACAGAAUUGGACUGGCUUGAGAUUCGACUGCACACUUUGUACCCGGUGGUAGACUACUUCGUCAUCAUUGAGUCGCCGACGACCUUCACGAACGCCGAUAAACCGCUCGUCCUUCGAGACAAUUGGGAACGAUACAGACAAUUCUGGCCCAAGAUCAUCUAUCGCGAGAUCCACGAUCCAAUUCAGUCGGACCGAACUUGGGAUCACGAGGACUACCUGCGCAAUUCGAUGCUCUACUCAGUAUUUCCUUCUCUUACCGGCGCGGAGAUCCCCGAGAAAGGCGACGUGCUUGUUGUCAGCGACAUGGACGAAGUCCUCCGACCCGACACUAUGAUUCUCCUUCGCUACUGCUCCUUUCCCGCCCGCCUCACGCUUCGCAGCCAAUUCUACUACUACUCGUUUCAAUGGCUUCACCGUGGCAUACAGUGGUCACACCCACAAGCCACCAUCUACGGCGGUUCGAUCGAGAACACCAUCGCUCCGAACGACCUCCGAAUGGGCCUCAUCGGCUCUUCCUUUUUCACCUAUCCCUACCAAUACUUCCGCCGCUUUUGGGAUCGAGGCGAGCUAUGGAAUGCAGGCUGGCACUGCAGUUCCUGCUUCUCGACCAUUGCAGAAUUUCAGAUGAAGAUGAAUAGCUUUUCACACCAGAUUUGGAACACACCAGAGAAUAGAGACCCCAGGACAAUCGCAGAAAGAGUAAAGAAUGGACAGGACUUGUUCGGGAGAAUGGGAGAAGAGUUCGAGAAAGUGGAGCACAAUGAGGAUAUUCCGCCUUAUGUGGCCCGGCAGCACAAGGAGAAGGGAAGAUUUGGAUAUAUGGUGAACAGAGAUAACGAGCAUGCGAGCUUUGAGGACUGGGAUGCUCAGAUGAGAGGCGGAGGUUGAGGAAAGGAUGAGAUACCAGACUUCUCCUUGGCUCAUGGCUGCGUUACGGACCGCAAGGAGAGCCUAAAGAUGGAGGCCACGAAAGACAUCUGAGAAGAGUCCGGCUGGCAGAACAUCUGGACCUCUGGCCGACGUUACAUUGUCGCAUGCGAUGCAUGCCCCGUUGAUGGCUCGAGCACUUCGGGCCUUCACUGCUCGUUCGUGAGAGAUCAAUCUACCAUUGGAGCAACAUGUCAGGCUCGCCCGGAAUUCCAAAUUCCCUCGGGCUCAUUAUGCGCAAGAUGAUCCAAUGGCAGCAUAACAUCUUCGUGGUGGGCAAUACGCAGUCCUGCAGCUAUGUCUCUGGCUGGGUGGCAAGCUAAAGCUCGAGUCACCUUCGGCACCAGGAAUCUCAGUUUCACGUCACCAAAGCGAAUUGUUACGCAGAGGCUGGUCUAGCGCCCAGUGAGCCUCUCUGGUUACGCGGAACGAUUGCCCGACCUGCUCCUUCGGUUGAGCAUACAGCACCACUACAACAAGAUGAACUUCAGAUCAAUGCUAAGUCGAGGCAACCAGGAACAGCAAACUGUUGCUUGCUGUGCCAUACCGCAGAGCUG